GCAGCCGAGGGAUGGCGGAAGAAGCCGAACUCAGCAGCGCCAUCUCGGAACCAGAUGUAUCGUCGUCGCUUCUCAAGAAGGAGCGAGUGAUCAGGUGUCCUUCCAUACUCCUUGUGGGCAAGUGCCUGAUUCGCGAAACGGGGAACGCCGCCACUUUGAAUAGGCUAAGGUCACACGUGGAGAGCGGAGGUUACGACUGCGUCAUGAUUGACCCGGAAGACCCCAGCAAACAUGAAGUGACCCAAGAGAGUCUCCGUGACCUCAUUCAAGGUCGAAACGUGGUGUCAGCCGUAGGCCUACACCUGUACCGCAGCGCUUCCAUCUUGCUUGCUUGUAAGGAACUGGGCGUACCUUACAUCUGCUACUUCGGCGGGACAGACAUGAACGAAGGGGUGAAAUCGCCCGAAAAGCGUGAGAUUAUGACGGAGGUGGUCUUCGGGGCUCGCCAUCUCAUCGCCUUCACCGAAGCCAUGAAGGAGAUCGCUCUCGAAGUGUGGCCAUUCCUGAAAGGCGACGCCAUCAGAGUCGUCCCCCAGGCCAUCACGGUGAAUCCCAACACCGAGUUCGACUUCAAACUGUACAUCAGUUCUCUCAGCUCCCAUAAAAAUGAAGAUGACGACGACCCAGUAGAUAGCGAAGCGUCGAAGCGCCCCGAGAACAACAAUAGUUACUCCUAUAAUGAGCCCAUAGAAGACGAACAGGAAUCCGAGAGAAAACAAGAAAUUGAUGGUAGACUCUUACAAAAAGACGAGUCCGUCGAAUCUUUGCCUUCUAGUACCGCGUCUCGUUGCCCCUCCUGCAAGUCCUUUCGAUCCUUCAGGAUGGAAGACUUUCGAAAGCCGCUGCCACAGAAGUACUGUCCUCUGGUCGUUCUCGUCGCUGGGCUGAGGCCGGUGAAGGACGUCCUGUACGUGGCAGACUGCUGGAGUCAGUGGCGGCAGGACAGAGGAGGCGAAGGAUGUCUCCUAAUUAUCGGUCGUUUAGAUGCUCAUUAUGCCAAGGACGUCAAAACGCGUGUUUCUAGGUUACACGGUGUGCUCGUAGCCGAUAAGGUGGACCCCUCCAAUUGUCAGGAAAUCAUGCGCAACGCGACGGCCAUAAUUAACACUUCGAUAUCCGAGGGCAUGUCGGCAGCCAUAUUGGAAGCCAUGGCGUUAGGGACGCCCGUGAUAGCUCGAGACAUCCCCGGGAACGCCGCCGUCAUCAACCACCAAGUCAACGGCCUCUUGUUCAACUCUCCCGAGGACUUCCUCCUGCAACUCCAGCGCCUCCUUCAGGAGCCCGAGUUAUCCCGCAGCCUCGCCGAGAGGGCGAAGGACUACCUCCACCGAUACCACUGCGCGGAGGUCGAGAGGAGGGCGUUCUUGGACGCCCUCUCUGAGGCCAUUUUCACGUGACACCCGAAAGGAAUGGGAGGAUUCGGUUGGUACAUCUGGGUUUAUUUAUAUUCACGUGUCGUGGAAGGGUUGUUAAGUAGGCAGUCUGUAUUCACGUGGCCUGAAAUAAAUAUGUUAUGGUUGUUAAAUCUGGCAGCUUAUUAUAUUCACGUGACUUUAAAUUAAUAUGGUUAUUAAAUUUAGCAAUUUAUAUUCACUUUACGUGAAAAUAAUGUGAUGUCCUUGAUAAAUUUGGGUAUUUAUAUUCACGUUUCGUGAAACUGAUGGGAUGAUAUGGUUGUGAAAAAUAACUGUGUUAUGGUUGUUAAAUCUGGCAGCUUAUGAUAUUCACGUGACGUUGAAUUAAUAUGGUUGUUACAUUUGGCAAUUGAUACUCACGUGACGUGAAAAUAAUGGGAUGUUGUAGUUGGUAAAUAUGGUUAUUUAUAUUCGCGUGACGUGAAAUUAAUGUGAUAUGGUUCUUAAAUUUGAGUAUUUGUAUUCACGUGACUUGAAAUUAGUGGAAUUAUAUGAUUGUUAAACUUGGAUAUUUAUAUUCACGUAACGUGAAAUAAAUAUGAUAUGGUUGUUAAAUUUGGGUAUUUAUAGUCACGUGACUUGAAAUUAAUGAGAUAUUACGGGUUUUAAAUUUAAAGGAUGUUAAAUUGUGCCUUAUAUUUCCCCUUAACGUGAAAUUAAUUGUUCAUUGCAGUCAUCAAAUUUCAAGGGCUGUUUUCGAGUAACGUGAAAUGAAUAGGAUAUUACGUUUGCUCAAUUUCUUAAGAUUUUUGUCUGAUGUGAAAUGAAUAGUCGCUUACUGUUAUUAAAUUCUGUAAAUUAUAUUUCUUGGUGUUAAAUUAAAUAGGUCAUUAUGGUUGUUAAAGUUGUUAAAAUUCUGAAAUGAGGACAAACAGUCUGAUUGCUCGAUUCAGGAAGCCAUAUUUCACGUAACGUGAAAUUAAUAACAUUUUAUGGUUGAUAAAAUUCCGAACACUUUAUUCGUGACUUGAGGUCAAUUAGAUGUUUUGGUUGUUGAAUUUCCAAAGCUGUUUUCAUGAAAGGAGAAAUCAUCAUCGUAUUUUUUCUUUCUUUUUUUUCUUUUUUCUUUUUUUUUUUUUUUUACGCUCAUCCUAUUCGACCGGUUGGUUUUCAUAGUAUGUGGGGUCCGGUUGUAUCUUGCCUCCUUAGGAGUCCAUCACUUUUCUCGCCGUGUGUCCUGUUUCUAGUAGAACACUCCUCUGCAUGAGUCCUGGAGCUACUUCAGCAUCUAUAGUUUUUCCAGGUUCCUUUUCAGGGAUUUUGGGAUCGCGUCUAGUGUUCCUAUGAUUAUGGGUACAACUUCCUCUGGCAUAUCCCAUAUCCUUCUUAUUUCUAUUUUCAGGUCUUGAUACUUAUCCAGUUUUCCUCUUUCUUUCUUUCCCAUCUACUUCGGUGUCCCAUGGUAUUGCGCCAUCAAUGAGUGAUACUUUCUUCUUUUGAUUUUUGUCAGUCAAUGUCACGUCUGGUCUAUGUUAUUAUUAUAAUUUUUAAUUGUGCUGUAUAUUUUCACGUGAGUUAAAGACAAUGGAAUUGUAGCUAUAUUAAUUUAUUUUUCAAUUUUCCCAUUUUUUAUUUCUGGUGAAUAUAUAAAGACAUGUACUAAUUUAUAGACGAUUUAGCAGGAAAACAUAACAAAUAUUUAAAAAGUUGUACUGAGAUGUAUUUUAGCUUUUACAAAAAGUA